AGCAUACCUGGAAAAAUAAGCUUCGCUGUAGAUAUGUGGACAUCAUUGAAUGCUUUGCCAUUCUUAGCAAUAACUUGUCAUUAUCUUGACAAUGAUUGGAAUAUCAAAAAUCUUCUUGAUUUCAUAUACAUUUGUGGUGCACAUUCUGGUGAAAAUAUAGCCAAUUAUUUUUUAAACAGCACUUGUGAUAUGAAUAUUUUAACCAAAAUUCUUGCUGUCUCAGCAGAUAAUGCUGCAAACAAUGAAACAUUUCUUAAAACUGUUGAAAAUUAUUGUGAAGAAAAUUUUAUAGACUCCCAUCAUAAGAAAAAUCAGGUAUGUUGCUUGGCACAUGUCAUGAAUCUCACAACUCAAAAGAUAUUAAAACAUAUAAAAGCUAGUGAAGCACAAGAAGAAAAUCAAAUAUUGGGAGAUGAUAAUAAUGCAGUUGAAAUAAUACCCAAGUUAAGGAAAUUAAUUGCAAAAAUAAGAUCCUCACCUCAACAAAGGGAAGAAUUUUCCCAUCAAUGUGAAACAAAUAAUAAAACAUUUAAUUUAAUUCUGGAUACAAAGAUUCAUUGGAAUUUGACAUUCCAAAAGUUAAAACAAGCUUUUGAAUUCAAAGAACCUUUGAAUGAAAUAACUUUACUUGAUAAAGAUUUAUCUGAAUAUUAUAUUGAAGAUAAUAAAUGGGAAAUUGUGAAUCAAUUAUGCAAAGUGUUUCAAAUCUUUAACAGUGCAACUGAAUACAUGUCUGCUUCUAAAUAUAUAACCCUUUCAUCUUCUAUUCCUAUGUACAAUCCUUUACUUGAGCAUUUAGAAAACAUUAUGUAUGUGGAUUUUGAUAAUUAUUCUAAAGAAAUAAUUAAUGCUGUAAGGAUGGGAUAUGAAAAACUAAAAUCUUAUUAUGCUGACGAGUGUCAUAAAAAUA